GUCUUCAGCGAUCUAAACGAAAUGGCUGGCUUAAGCGAUGAGGAAAAGCGCCACGUCGACAUGAGACGAGACAAGGUGCAAGAAGCGCCGAACAUCACGCGCUCUGCCCUCCGCAAAUGGGAGGCAGUGCCAAGACGUUGGUUGACUCUGAGCCAAUAUCGGAUGCGCAAACAAGUGCAGAAGAGCUACAAUGCAACGGCAGACGCGCUGGUUGACUUUAUGGAAAAGAACAAUUUGCCCAUUCCCACUGAAGAUGAUCGCUCCUGGGCAGAUCUACCGCCGGCCUUGAAACGGGACGACCCCUUUGUGGGUAUGGU